GUCCUAUGCGGCUGCUGGCGGGAGAGGAUCACAAUAAGAUUGGGGCUCUGAGCCCAUUAUUUGCACUGUCUGUAGUUGUAAACAGGCUGACCAAUCCUCAAAAUGAGAAAAGCAACAGAAAAUCAAGGAAACACUCGAGCACUUACAGACUACUUCUCGCCGAAGAGUAAAGUGAAAGACCCUGCACUCCAGCAGAGCUCCCUGCCACAUAUCACAUCUUUCCUCCAGGAGACUGCAAUGAAGCCCUCUCAGGUCCCUAACCGGCUUUCUUACCCACCGCCCAGAGAAUUAAGGAAAAUGUUGCCACUUCCUAACCCUGAGCUGUGCCACACAGAGAGGCUGAGUCCAUCACGGCCACCUCCUCGUCCUGAGGGACUGAUGCAUCCAUCAGGGUUUGUUCCAAGCAGCCCAGUUAACUUUGGGACACGUGCGAAUAGGCCACUGCCGAUGCCAAGGGGCAGGCUAGGUCCUCUGCAGCAUUCUGCUCAACCUCCGGGGCCAGUCUAUCCAUCAAGGUUUUUUCCAGUCAGCCAAACACACAUGGGUGCCUCUUAUAAUAAGCCACAAACCGCACCAAGGUUCUUUCACCAUGGAUCCCCUCAUUCAAGGAAUUUCCCCAACCACUCCUUACACCCCCACAUCAGGAGAGAUCAACUGACACAGUCUAUGGUCACCUAUUCUAACUCAGGAAGAAAAAAUAUAACAGUACAACAACAAGAAUUGACCAAGGCUCAGUCCAAUGAUGUAAGGAGUCCCAUGCAAACCAUCCAUCUGCAGAGGCCUCCUACACCCCUGUCAGUGACCCCUUCUGUUGAGUCUGAGUCCCUGAGGCCUGGUGCCAGCCAAUGGCCCCAGAGAGACUCCCAGCCUUCUAUGAGUAUCCAGUCUUCUGACAAGAGUAGUGGUUCAAGUGUACCUGUGAUGCACAGCCCUGUCCCCACUUACCAGGAUCAGCAUCAUAAUCGAACACCUUCAAGUGAAAAGUUUUUCCCAGUAGUGGACUUGAACUGCACAUCUCAGAAGCGUCGCAGGGAGUCUGAGGGCUCUGAUGACAGUGCCAAGAAACUUUGCCUUCAAGAUGCAAACUCGGGCAAAGCACAAACACCAAAACCAACUGCUGGCAACUCACUCAGCUCUUUUCUGGUGCCGCAAUCGAGGAGUCCCUCGGUUUUGGAACUGUCGCCCAAAACGAUUGAUGGCCAUCUGAGCAAAGAACCAGAAUGUGGCCAGUCAACAUGCUUUGAACCAUUAUCCACAUUUAAACCCACCCAGUUACCCUGCGCGUCACUGUCACCCAAACCUUGUGUAAAAAGACAGCCAACAAUCGGGAAGCAGGCCUGUCUAAAUCCCAGCCAGAAUCAUGCUGUUAGGUUAACAGAUGUAAGAUCACCUUCAAAGCCAGGUGGAGAAAUUUUGAGGAAAAGGGGCGAGGAAAAUGAUAAAAGUUGUAAAUCAAGCACUUUGUUAUCCUCUGAGGUCCCUCAGAAACACACUGGUAGCUCAUCUCACGAUCAGGUAGUCAGCCACCACUCCGGUCAAAACCAAAAUAAUACCUCAGCCUCACCAGUCAGGACCCUGAGCAGAGUUCAGCAGGUGGAGGAGACUAGAAAGUCUGAUCAUAGCACUCCCAAGCCAGCAUCAAAAUCAAACUCAGGCUCUCUGAACUGUCGCACGGCAGAACGGAAGAAAUCCCACCCACGAAAACCUGUAGUAGUCCCUAAUGACAUAGACGAGCUUUUCACCCCUGAUCCCAUAAUGUAUGUUUACGCUGGACAUAAAACUGCAAAACCCAAGGUGAAUGGGGGACUGAUGAAAUCACCCUCCUCAGAAAAAAGUGGUUCAUCCAGCGCUGUGGUCAGCUCCAGUCCUCCAAUUACUGGAUCUGUGUGUUGCAAAACUCAAAACUCCACAGGAACUGGUUCCCCACAUGCAGGGGAUACAACAUCAGGACAUUGCCCUCAAAUGUCCAUGCCAGCUGUGGCUUUACAGCGGGUAAACCUUGAAACUUUAAUGUCCUUUAGCUCUAAAGACAGUGAACUCAGGAGCAGUCCUGUCACUUAUUCAGGCAAGCAGCUCAAAGAUGGGGGUGUUAAAAGUGAUGAGAAACACAAAACACUCCUACCCAAUAAUGUGAGACCAGGUGCUUUAAAGACAGACACUGUUGUCUCUGAACAAACCUCUACACCCCAUUGUUCUCAGACUGCACUGCCGGAGAGGCAGGCAAGUGAAGGGGAUAGAAAGCAGCCGUGUAAAGAGGAUCCUAUAGAUGUGGAGCUGGACCUAGGCCUGAGCUUUGCGUUAGAUUUGGAUCUAACUCAGAGCUCCCAUAGCAGUGACGAGGAGCAGCUGCUUUCCUUGCAGGAGAUGAUGGAGCGUGUUACCAAACCUCCACAAACACCGGAGAAGGGGGUCUUCUCAGAGCCUAGUACGCCUGGACGUGAUAUCUGCCAGUCAAAAACUAUGCCAUUGCCGUCCACCACAAAGUCAGGCAUCUACAAGAACAACCUUGAUCAAAUGCUGAAGGAAAUAAACACCAAUAAGAAAGCAAAAGAGAUUGAGACGCAACUUUUAACUGCAUGUAAAGAAGACCUGUUGAGGAUAGCUGAAUUUGAAGAGUCUGAGGAGAACUGCGAGGAGGGCAUCUCCACUGAACAACAGGAAUUCUUGCAGCGCUACUCAUUGCUGUCCAGCGCAAUCAGGGAGGUGCCUCCAGGAGAAGCUGUGUUCAACCUGGAGAAAUUUGGCCGGAUCUUCAACCAGGAUACGCUGCAGCUCAGGCGCUGCAUGGCCAAUCCACAGGGCAUAGCACAGAAGACACUUCUUUGGUCCAGCCCUGCUCAGCUGACGUUACAUUUGAAUAUUGGAUUGUUCCAGGAAGCGUACGACUGUCGCUCACCCUGUCCAACUCAGGUUACCCGUUUCCUAUUCAAGAUGAUGUCAGUCCAUACUGAAAGGAUGGUAUCUGAAAAGCUACUGCAGGCUCUCUGUGACAUCGCCUGCACUGCUGCUUAUCAGAUAGUGAAAAAUGGAGGCCAGCAGUUUAAAGUGUGGGUGCCCGGUUUGGCCGACGUGACGCUGGUCCUGAUGAAUAUGGGAGUUGCUUUUGUUACUCUCUUCCCUUUUGAAAAUCUGCAGCCUCCAUUCACAGAAGGAGAUCUGCUGGAGGACGUCUAUAUCAAAAGUGAAAGUCCCUCCAGCAACAAGGAGCAGGGUCUGUUCCCUGAACACAACUGUAACAAUAUCUUGAAGUACCUGGAUUACUGUAUGGGCCUGUGUCCACGAGCGUACAGUGACGACGAGCUGCUGUUGCUACUAACUGUGGUGGGCAGGAUGGGUCUGGAAACUCGGCUCAUCCUCCAGUCUAGUGUGGAAAUUUACUCUCUGCAGUUUAAAAUUGUGAACAACAUCAAGGAUUGGGACACGAUGCUACCCAGAAUCUGUCUGGCUCUAACCGAUCUGACAGAUGACCACCACAACAUGUGCCUGCUAGUUCAGAUGCUGCCUGACAACACACGUGGAAAGCAACUGCGACGACAUCUCAGUCUGUCCAUGAUCUCUAAACUGUUAGAUGGAACUUGUACGUACAGACCAACACAAAGAGAGUUUCAGCUCUUUGAACUGAGACCGUACCUGCACCGAAUGCAACCCUCCACCCUUCUCCGAGGAAUGUUGUGUCAGAAAGACAAAAAUGAGGGCAUGGCCAUCUUAGACCAGCAGGCGUACUACCUCUGCUACAGCCUUCUGACCUUAGCGAAUGAAGCUUCCAAUUAUCAGUUUUUCUCAGCGCAACAGAAGGAGCAGCUGCUGUUUUUGUGCUCUGAGCUUGAAAUGCAUAUCAAGUGUGACAUCAGAGAGAGUGAGAAGUGCCUUUACCGCAGCAAGGUAAAGGAUCUGGUGGCCAGGAUCUACACCAAAUGGCAGAUGCUCCUUCAGAGGACCAGGCCUCUCCAUGGUAAGCUGUAUGAUUACUGGGAGCCUUUGCCUGUGGACAUAUUGACCAGUAGCCAAGAAGAGCAGGAGAUGGACAACAGUGAUGGAGAGGGUAGUGUGACAAAGGAUAAUUCUGCGAUGGAGGAGGAGGAUGAUGAAGAGGAGCAAAGCAGUGGAGUUCAAGGGAAUGAGGUUGCAAUGGCUGCUGAGAAGGAGGCGAAAGAAGAAGAAAACAAUGCAGUAGAUCACACAAACAAUACGGAGGGCGACAGGACCCAGGAUGAAAAGCCAGAAGAAAUGGAGGGAGACAAUGCAAUAAACAACACAAGUGUCACAGACAAAGAAACAGAACCAGUACCUGAGGAGUUGAACCAAGAGAUGCCAGAGAUGGAGUCUCAAGCAAUAGAUGAGCAAAUAGUUGCUGAGAACGUCGAACAAUCGGAGGGGGAGACUGAAAAUCUGGUUGAGAAGGAAAACCUGACAUCAUAACAGGUAGCAACAUGUGAUUUUGUGUCAGACUGUCUAUUUGUUGUCAGGACAUUAAUAGCCACUGCCUUAAUGUUAAGCUCAAUUUGCACCCCAAGUUUUAUAGUUUUCCACGAUAAACAAAGACAAAUUUUAGUUGUAUAUUUAUGAAUAUAACAAUCCUCUUGAGGGCUGGAGCCUUACCUACUUUUGGUUAGUAAAGCAGAAGAAAGAACAUAUUGAUGUGUAAUGUCUUUUUUCUGAAUCUUGCAGUUAUGUGAUGAUGUUUUAUAAUUUCUCAUAAAUGGUUCAUAAUUUAUUGCUGUGGAUGUUUUUUAAAAAAGCUGACUGUAUAUAUAAUAAGUGUAGUUAUAUUAUGAUGCAAACUUGCAUCCAAAAGAAACAUGCAUACAUCUUUUUUAGCUGGACCCGCCACUGACCAGCCACGUAACCCAGAACACCUGUCAAUCAGCAGUCACACGUUUUUCCAUUACUGUUCAGUGUCGUCUCAGGUUAGGCUAACCCAUAGUUGCUAACUUUGGAGCUAACCCCUUUCACUUUUUGAACAGUUGGGCAAACAACAGACUAGCACAAUACAGUGAUAUUGUGAUGUAAGACUAAAUAAUGUCAUAUUGAGCUAUGGCGUAUUUGUUUUUCCUGGUUUGAAGGCUGCAUUACAGUAGAAGAUGUUAUUGUCUGACAUUUCCAGACUUUUGUUUUUACCCACUUAGUCAUUAUAUCCACAUUACUUCCACAUUAUAAACCAAAAAUCUCAUUGUGUAAAAAAUAUUGUGAUAUAUUAAGAUUUUGUCCAUGUCGCCCAGCCGUACAACAGAUGUGAUACAGAGCCUCCCAAACGAUAUUGAUUUCUUAUUUAAUUGAUAUUUGGCGUCAUUGUUGUGGACUAGCAGAGGGUCUUGUUGUAGGGCAAAUGCUGCAAAAUGUUUACAGAAAGUUUUCAGUUCAGAAAUAGUGAUCCAGUAAGUCAUUACAGUUAAGCUUUUGUUAAUUUUAUUAUUUACACUUGUGCACUUCCUAAUAUUCCAUGUUAAAAAUAUCAUCUCUGAAAAAUGCCUAUUUAAUUAGCUUUGUAAAUAAUUUCCAGCUGCAUAUUAUCUGAUAAGUCUUGAUCAAGACUGUUUGCUGACUUGUUGUAUUGUAAUUGUUCUGUUGAAUUUGUGCAUCUUGUUAAAUUUCCCUUUGGGAAAAUAUUUUUUUAAUGAUUAAAAACUUUUUUACAGCUGUUGCCAAUAUAGAAAAAUAAACA